AUCAACGAGUUGAGUCAUGUUAACAUCCCCGUCAUGCUAUUGCCUGAUGAUUUCAAAGCUUUCAGCAAGACACGGGUAGACAACCACCUCUUCAACAAAGAAAACAUGCCAAGCCAUUUCAAAGUGAAAGAGUAUUGUCCGAUUGUGUUUCGUAACCUACGUGAACGAUAUGGCAUUGAGGACAGCGACUAUUUGAAGUCGCUGACGAAGUGCGAGCCGGUGGCGUCGGACGCGCAGGGCCGCAGCACGGCCCGCUUCCUCAUGUCUCACGACCACAAGUUCAUCAUCAAGACGAUGGUCAGCGAGGAGGUGGAACAGAUGCACAGCAUACUCAAGGCGUAUCACCAGUAUGUGGUGGAGAACCAUGGACAGACGUUACUUCCACAAUACCUCGGCUUAUAUCGAUUCACUGUGGAUGGCGCGGAGACGUACAUGGUCAUUACAAGAAACGUAUUCAGUCAAAAUCUCACCAUUCACAAAAAAUAUGAUCUCAAGGGUUCAACGGUGGAUAGAUCAGCCAGUGAAAAAGAACGGGCCAAAGAUUUGCCAACGUUUAAGGACAAUGACUUUGUCAAUGAUGGAGUCAUAGUACAUGUUGGAUCAGAAACCAAAGCAAAGUUAAUAGAGAAAAUCACUAAAGACGUUGAGUUUCUCACCAGUCAGCACCUCAUGGACUACUCGCUGCUCGUCGGCAUUCACGACUGCGAGAAGGCGCAGGAGGAAGCCGAGAGUCGGCGCCAGGAGGAGAACUCGAACGGCAUCGAGGAGGAAGACGAGAGCCCCGAGUCGGACGUCAGCUUCGACUACAAGAACACUCCGCCGGAUAGUCCCGUCUUCAGCCCCGACAACCAGGGCUACUUCAAGUUCGACUCGCUCGAGUUCGACUGCGAGAGCGACAUCUACGGAAUGAAGUGCUCGGAGAAUGCCGCUAGGAAAGAGGUCUAUUUUGUCGGCAUCAUCGACAUCCUAACGCACUACGGCGCGAGAAAGCGAACUGCGCAGGCAGUCAAGACAGUGAAGCACGGAGCCGGCGCCGAGAUCUCCACAGUCAACCCCGAGCAGUAUUCGCGUCGUUUUCUAGAAUUCGUCAGCAAGGCCCUAGAGUAGAAACGCGUUGUCCGGAGAUGCGUGCGCAGGUAUUGUACGUAGAGCACGAGCAUUUGAAUGACAACGCGUUUAUCGAUAAUAGAUUGACACGUAUGCGAGAGCGUUACGCUAUGCACACCGUGCAUCAGUGAAUCGGCUGUACGGCCUGCAGCACCUUAAAGGGUCGAAUCGAGGUGGACAAAUAGAUAUGGGGUAGGAACACAGGGUUCUGUUUACAUGAUGUGAAUACUGGCAUCUCUUCCAAAAUUACAAAUGACUAGUAAUGUUCUGCUACUGUUCUAGCUGUUAUACUCGAAAUCUUUGGCCAAAUUAUACUUAAAAAUUUCAUAAUUUGUAUAUAAUUUUUUGGCGUGCGUAAUCAGUGAAAAGCUGGGCAUAUAGAAGCAUGGCUGGCCAAGCAAUUGCCAUAUUUGUAGAGUUGCUCAUGUCGUGUUUAAAGGCAUAAUAAGCCCAUUGAUUAUGCAAUGUUGACGAAUGCUAGAGUAACUGGCACCUUGUGUAGUUAAUA